AUGGGAGGAUCCAGGGAAGAGGGGGGUAGCGAGCCUGAAAAGGGGGAACUCAUUUUGUCAUCACCGAGCUUGCGCUUGAUGACCAACAGGGGGGAUGCUCUCAGAGAUGCCUUCACCGACCAGUGCGGAGCAUCCCUACCGGAAAACAAUAAAAUCCGUGCUGGUCUUGUGGCAUUUGAAGAGGAGAGAUGGCGGGAGAUUGCCGCUUGUUUUGCCACAAAACCCCUUCGUCAUGUUUUUUGGAGGGAAGUCUUUUUGUCUGACCAGUGA